CCUAUUACUCUACUGAUGGAGUCAUCCGAUGCGAUGAAUCUUGCGUGCCUAACUGCUGGAUACUAUAGACUGCUGGUUGACUCAAGGCGCUCCAUAUUUAACAUGGCUAACAAGAAAAAUACAGGGAGCCGAGAAACAGGAAUUGAAAACAGAGGAAAGCAUCAUCUUCUUGCUUCUGAGUGGAAUUGUAUACCAAAAACUACCACUUUCCUGGCUGAAGGAGAUCAAGAGACUCAAAUGUCCUUUGCUGAUCCAAAACAAAAGACUGUAGAUGUUUCUGAAAGUCUGUUAUGUCAAAAAGAACACAGACAUCUGUACAUAGAAAAUACUUAUAAUUCAGGUGGAUUUGAUCAGCAUCUGGCUAAGCCAAGUGACCCCACUGAAGCAGAAGCAAGCAGAAAUUUUAAUCAGCCUUCACUGCUGUCACUCUCAGGUUUGGAAUCUACCAAGAAAGCACAGGACUCCCCCCGGGGAGCAAAAGUUUCCUUUAUAUUUGGAGAUCACAACUUGGAUGGUAUCAAUCCCCAGACUCUUGGCUAUGAAAGGCUUUUGGAUGAAAGUCCAGAAGUAUUAGAAAAACAAAGAGCCAUUUAUAUUAGUAACGCAAAUGAUAUUAAAGGCCUGGAGUUGGCACCGGAUGCUGAAAGCCUUCAGUUUGCUACAAAUUCUGUUUACGCAACUAUAAACGAUGGUAAAAUAUUUGGAGCUGCGGAAGGGAUAGAAGAGCCUUUGCUGCAUGAUAUUUGUUAUGCAGAAAACACAGAUGAUGCUGAAGACGAAGAUGAAGUAAGCUGUGAGGAAGACAUUAUGGUAGGAGAAAUCAAUAGGCCUGCUCUUCUCAGCCUUUCUGGUUCUAGUGAUGACAUUAUUGAUUUGACUUCACUUCCACCUCCAGAAGGUGAUGAUAAUGAAGAUGAUUUCCUAUUGCAUACCUUAAACAUGGCCAUUGCUGCUCCUCCACCUGGCUUCAGGGACAGUUCAGAUGAGGAAGACUCUCAGAAUCAAGCAACACAGCCUAGAGACAACAAGGAGCAAGCCAGCAAUCUGGGCAGUGAUGACAUUCCAGUGUCGCUUAUCGACGCUGUCCCUACUAAUACAGAGGGGAAGUGUGAGAAGGGGAUAGAUGAUGCUGUAGUCUCUACGCUUCAAGCACUAGAAGCUUUGGCUGCUUCAGAGGAACAGCAGACGAAUGACAAUUCAGGUGUAGCUAUCCUGCGAGCAUAUAGCCCUGAGUCAUCUUCAGAUUCUGGCAAUGAAACAAAUUCCUCUGAAAUGACUGAAAGCUCUGAACUAGCCGCGGCACAGAAACAGUCGGAAAACACGGCACGCAUGUUUUUGACCACAAGUGAAGGCUACCAACCCCUUGUGGAAGAGCAGACUGAGUUUCCCAUUGGUAAGGGUCAGGCUGGAGGGCCAGGUAUGAAGCCCUCACAGCCUUUGGCUGGUCGUCAGGCUGCAGAGCUACAGUCCAAAGUUGUGCCUUCAAAGCAGAUUCUGCAUUCAGAUAACAUGGAAAUGGAGCCAGAGACCAUGGAAACAAAAUCUGUCACUGAUUAUUUUAGCAAAUUGCACAUGGGAUCCUUGGUAUAUUCUUGCACUAGUAAAAGGAAAAAUAAGAUGACAGACAGCGAAGUAAAAGCACCCUCCGAUGGCAGUGCCACUGUGAAAAAGCAACAGGGGACUAAGAAAGCAGAGGCUGAUGAGGAUCUAAAAGCUAAAUUUGGAACUCUUUCAGCAAGAGACGGUCAGCGCCUAAGCACUUUUAAUGUGGAGAGAACUGCCUUUCGCCAAAGAUGGUACGCUGCCGAUGAUGGUGCAGCAGAUAAGCCAAGCCCAGAAACAGUGAACGGGAAGACUUUUCCAAGAGUUCCUGUCCUUGGUAAAACAGAAACUGACUGUAAGGAUGAAGUGGAUCCUGAGGUGGAUCAGGAUGAUACCUCAGGGCUUAGCCAAGGUGAAAACUUUCUGUCAGAUAUGACUACCGUGUCUUCAGCCAAAGACCUAAACGACGCAGAAGAUACCAAUUUGUCUGCAGACGACCACCCUUCAAAGCUCCCAGAAGCUGAGCAGAACGUGGCCAGACUUUGUGAGUAUCACUUGGCUAAGCGCAUGUCGUCUCUGCAAAGCGAAGGCCACUUCUCACUGCAAAGCUCUCAGUGCUCCUCAGUGGAUGCAGGAUGCAGCACAGGCAGUAGCACGUGUGCUACCCCCGUUGAGUCUCCUCUCUGUACCUCUGAUGUUAAGCACAUUAUCUCUGACCCGUCGAUGAAGGGCAUUGCCUAUAUUCCAGCAGAUGAAAGAGCUGCCAUUCUUCCCAACCAUGGAACGACAUACAAGGACCUGCACCAGCAGCCUGAAGCGGUGUGUCACAGAAUGACGGUGCCUGUCGUGCAUUCAGCGAUUAAUGCUGAACCACUGUUUGGCACUUUGAGAGAAGGAUGUCAUCGGAUCCCUAAGAUAAAAGAAACUACAGCUUUCACAGAGCCUGAAAAGGGAAGACAAGGAGGCAUGCCUACAGCUUUUCCUAGACAGCCUCUAGCUGACUCCAUCAUGCUAUCAUCCAUGCUAUCAGAAUCAAAGGUGCCAAGUCAAAAUCAAGACUCUUGUGACAUUCCCAAAGUAAAUCAGGCUUGUGGGGCAACAGUUAGUUUACGGCCAUAUGACAUGAUAGGAGGAAGCCUCAGGAUGCCGCACAGCAGGAAGGUGCUGAGACGCAGCAGCAGCAUCACUGGAGGAUCUGCAGGCAUUGAGAUGCUGUUGGAGAAGAAGGCAGCCGCAGCCAGCUUGAAAUGCCUGGACAUCACCCGAAGGGAGGAAUCCAAAUCGGAGAGAAGGGUGGAACUCCCCCUGGGCAAAAAGCUGUCAAAAAGUUACUCCCAGAGUUGUAUGUAUGUCAGCACUGAUAGAAAGGACAGUGAGAGGUGUUUGGGCGCAGGCGUCAGUCAGAAGGACUCCAAGCAGUGUCGAACGUUGCCCUUGCGGAAGCUGGACAUCAGCGCCUGGAGGUGUCGUGGCCCCUUUAGCUAUUGUUUCCUAAGCAGAGGAGACGAUGACAACGAUGAUGAAGAUGACGGAGGCAGCCAUCAGCUCUCAUGUCUCUUCGAACCGCAGGUCCCAUGUGAGCUCGCGGAACCAGUCGGUGAGUCGUUUUCCAGUGAAAAUGAGCAGGAAGUCUUGGAGUCCCCAGCAGGUGCUGAGCAAGAUGAGACAGUCAACGCGCACGAGAAGAGCAGUGCUGACAUCCAAGGUGGCCAGAUGGAUGUGAAUCUCAACGAUGUGGCCUUUGACGCACGAAUCACGCAAAUAAAUGUGAUGAAAGACAAGACGUAUGCAAUGCCUGAUGGAUUUAUUGCAGCACAAAAGGAUGCCAAUGAGCUACUCUCACUGGUCCGAGCAAGUAUGGGCAAGAGAGAAGAUUUACACCCAGAAACAUAUGACCUUAAACUUUCUAAGUACAAACAACUGUUAUCUAUGGAAUCGAGACAGUUGGGAAGUGCCUGCAGGAAAAUGGCCAUGGCUGAUAAAAGCCCUGAGGAAAUGCUUUUAGCUAUGACUUCCAGCUUUCAAGUACUCUGUUGCUUAACAGAAGCCUGCAUGCGUUUAGUUAAAGUCAUGAACUCUGAAACACAGCAGCAGGAAAUUAUAGCUAAGAUAGACGAGGUUGUAAUAAACUACAUUUGUCUUCUGAAGGCUGCAGAAGCAGUGUCAGGCAAGACCUCCGGUGAUCCUAGCAUUAAACUCUUGGCUCGACAUUCGACUACCAUGGCCGCUAUUGUAAGCACACUAACACGUUCUCUUAAAAUGCUUUUAAAUAAAUAAAAUACAAAAGUCACUUCAUAAUCUACCUUUGCAAAGCCAUACAUAAAAAACUUUUAUUUACCCUGUGUGUAUGAACUAAUGUAACAAACUCAGCUUUCUCUGUAUAUUUUGUUAUUUUAUAUAAAAUAGGUAUGAGAUUUAAAAAAAAAAAAAAAGGUUCAAAUACUGAACACUGACAAAAGUGAUGACCAGAUCUGUUCUUUUGUUUAUACAAAAAGAAAAGCCAAAAAACCCCCUCUCCCCAAGACUAGAAAUCUGAACAGGAAAAACCCCAUAUAGGAGCAAAUUGAUGUUUGGCUAUUUUUCAUAUAGUCAAAUCUAUGGUUGUAUGAAGUGAACUUUUAAA